AUGGCUCUCAGCAACUUCGUCGCCGUCUCUGACAGACUGGUGCACUUCGAGAGUCGGGUCAGAGGGCCUGCAGCCGAAGAUGACAAUGUACACACGUACGAAAUCCGUCGUGACCGGCUGCAAGUCCUCUGGGACAAUGUCGAAGCCGCUUAUUCCACAUGCGCUGAUGCACUGCAUCAAGACGGCGACAGUGAAGGCACACAGGCGAUGGAGGCAAAAUACGAUCACUGCUAUGCAGUGGAGCGGUGUCUCGCCCGUGUUAAGGGGCAAAUUACCCAGGUUUCCGGGUCCAGGUCCGGGUCCGUUCCUCCUGUAUACUCCAGUGGCUGCCGGCUCCCUCCAGUCGACACCGAAGUGUUCCGUGGGGAUUACUUGCGGUGGCCGACUUUCCGUGACCUUUUCACGGCCAUCUAUGUCAACAAUCCAAGGAUGACUCCGGUCGAGAAACUUUUCCAUCUGAAUUCGAAGACCGCAGAUGAGGCCAAUGAAAUAGUAGACGAACGAUGCCAGUUGAAGAUCCUGUUUAACCUGUCCACGGUUACCCAAGAGUCGAGAGCAGCUAUCAAGGAGCUGCAGAGCACGAUUCAGCGUUGCUUGACCGCUCUAGAACAUUCAGACAUUUCCGUCUGUAGCCCGUUCGCAGAUUGCAUCCUCGUUUUCCUCUGCUCGUCCAAACUCCCCAAGCUCACACUCUCGUUGUGGGAGCAAUCGUUGGUGGACAAAGCGAAAAUUCCCGCAUGGCAGGAUAUGAGCACGUUCCUCAAUGAGCGCUACCGUACGCUCGAAGCGAUUGAGGACGUGAAACAGACUGCCAACUCACAGAUCGCGACUGCAGGACCAUCCCGUCCGCAGAAUUCGAAGCGAGUCAACUCCUUUGAGGCCCGAGUCACUCAGAAAGGCAAAUCGUGUGACUUGUGCUCAAAGGAGAAUCACCCUGUCCGGGUGUGUCCGCGUUUUUUGCAAAUGUCGGUCAACGAGAGAAUGACAUACAUCAAACAGAAAAGUCUCUGUUUAAACUGUUUCGCAAGAGGUCACCAACUCCGAGAGUCUACGAGUGCGCACAAUUGCUUUACAUGCAAAGGGCGGCACAACGCUCUUCUCCAGCGGGGUGACAGUGCCCACAAUGGUGCCUCUUCAUCUUCCAAUAUACAGAAUGCUCAGAAUGUCCUUCUCGGCACGGCGGUCAUCAAUGUUUGCCACUUGGGCACUACAUAUACCGCACGUGCGCUAAUUGAUUCCCGGUCCGAAGCGACCUUCAUUUCUGAGCGUUUGUUCCAACGCAUUAAGUUGCCUUUCCAGUCCGUGCGAGCCCAGGUAUCCGGGCUAAAUCACGCAGUUGCGGCCCAAUCGCAGAAGUUAUGUCACUUCAGCAUUGGUUCUCCGACGAAGCCGAGGCUCCAUAUCGAGACUUCUGCAUUCGUAAUCCCACAGUUGGCAGGCAAACUGCCCUCCUUCGAUAUGCCGCAAACUUUCCUAAAGGAUCUACCAGCGAUAGAACUGGCAGAUCCACACUUCUACAAGAGCGCUCAGAUUGAUAUACUAAUUGGCGCGGAUAUCCUUCCGUCGGUCAUCUUGAGCGGCUCCCGGCCAAACAUUUGUGGCUCACUCCUUGGGCAGGAAACCGUGUUUGGCUGGAUUCUUACCGGCCCCGUCUCCCAGAGUAUGUCGACAACUGUUUCUGCGUUUUCGACAAGAGUCGCCCUCCAAGCAGACGAACAGCUCGACAGCCUACUUUCCAAAUUUUGGGAGGUGGAGGAUAUUCCAGCGAAGCUGAUAAAGGAGUCAGACUUCGUUUGCGAAGAAAACUUCGUUAAGACUACUUCUCGUAGCAAAUGUGGCAGAUAUCGGGUGACUCUUCCAUUCCGGAAGCCCGAUGGCAUUGAACUGGGUCAUUCCAGAUCUAUAGCGCUGGCUCAAUUCCUCAAGAACGAGAAUCGUUUGUCAAGAAACGAUUCUCUAAAGGAACAGUACAAUGCCGUUCUCCAGGAGUACGUGGACUUGGGUCAUAUGACACCCAUAUCGCCUCAGGCGAUUGGCACGACUCCUAAUUUCUACCUGCCUCACCACGCCGUGUUCAAACCAGAUAGCACCACAACGAAGGUGCGGGUCGUCUUCAACGCAUCUUGUCCAUCCUCAAAUGGCAAGAGUCUGAAUGAUAUCCUUCAUUCAGGGCCCAUUCUCCAAUCGGAUCUCACAUUGCAGAUCCUCCGAUGGCGAUACUAUCGAUACGUGUUCAAUGCGGACAUAACGAAGAUGUAUCGCCAAAUCCUCAUGGACUCAAAGCACACACCGUUCCAACGAAUUCUGUUCCGCACGUCGGACGGUGUGAUCCGUGACUUUGAGUUGAACACGGUGACAUUCGGUGUCAACUGUACGCCUUUCCUGGCUCUACGAGUCCUUCAGCAACUUGCUGAUGACAUACGCUUGGAGUAUCCUCUCGCAAGCCGUGUCAUUUCCAACAACAUGUACGUGGACGACGUCCUAGCAGGGACACACACAAGAGAAGAGGCCAUCCGGACCAUUGCGGAAGUGUGUGCAGCCCUGGACAGUGCUGGCUUCCCGCUGAGGAAGUGGACGUCGAACCAUAAGAGCGUGCUGAAGGACAUUCCAAAGGACCAUCUACUUCGAGAAGAUUUCCUCGAACUCGAAGACUCUAGUACGGCGAAAACUCUGGGCAUCAGGUGGCAAGCUCACGAUGACGAGUUCUUCUUCAUGCCACCAGAAGUUGCCCAUCAGGACUCCUACACGAAGAGGGAAGUGCUCUCGCAAAUCGCUAAGCUUUUCGACCCAGCCGGGUGGCUGGCCCCUUUCGUUAUCCAAGCCAAGAUCUUCAUGCAGGAGAUCUGGCUGAGAACGCUCGAAUGGGACGAGCACCUACCCACGGAUCUUUCACUCCAAUGGAAGGAGUACCUCCAGAGCUAUCCUGCUCUGGGAAGGAUCCGGAUUCCAAGAUGGGUCCAAUUCCAGACGCGGGUGAAGCUCCAGUACCACGGAUUCUGUGAUGCAUCAGAAAGGGCGUACGGAGCAGCGAUCUAUGUCCGUGUGGAGACGGCGAACAAGGUUUCCACACAUUUCCUUACUGCGAAGACAAAGGUGGCUCCUGUCAAGUCUCUCUCAGUGCCACGUCUGGAGCUUUGUGGCGCAGUCCUGUUGGCUGAGUUAUCUGCAGCCCUCCUCCUGAAUCUGCCAGCAGAAAGUUUCCAGACUUUCUUUUGGACUGAUUCAACAAUUGUUCUCGCCUGGUUGAACAAGCCACCCUGCAGAUGGACAACCUUUGUGGCCAAUCGCGUGGCCAAGAUCGUCCAAGCCAGCGACGCCAAGAACUGGUCGCAUGUGCGAUCCGAGCACAAUCCGGCAGAUCUCGCAAGCCGAGGUGUCCUGCCACAAGAAUUGAUGUGUAAUCCUUUGUGGUGGCAUGGACCAGAGUGGCUUCAUCUCCCGUCGGAUCAACGACCAACAUCUCCAAGUCCCAUUCCGGAGACUCUGCUGGAGCAACGGGUGAAGUGCAACGUCGCUAAGUUACCUCCUACUCCUGACUUCCUAAAUAAGUUCUCUGAGUUUGGCAAGGCGUUGCGCACGUCCGCCUAUGUCCUCAGAUUCAUCGAUAGGAGUCGGAAAUUGGCAGUUCCAAGCUCUACCGUGGUCCAAGCGGAUGAGCUGUCACGGAUCCAAGAGCGGCUAAUCGUCAUGGCUCAACGACUAACUUUCCAACAGGAAUACCAAUGUCUGCAGUCCAAGCAGCAGGUUCCUUCCUCAAGUUCAAUCCGAAACUUGAACCCUUUCCUCGACGGCAAGGGGAUUCUACGGGCCUGUGGGCGUCUGAGGGCGUCCCACUCGCUUCGUUACGAUGAGAGUCAUCCAAUCAUCCUCUCGUCCUCGUUAAAUCCACCAUCGGAUCUCACGACGGAGAAAUUCCUGGCCGCAUUCUCCCGUUUCAUCGCUCGGCGCGGGUGUCCACACCAAAUGUACUCGGACAACGGGAAAACCUUCGUUGGAGCUGACAAGGUGAUCUCCAACGACUUCUUGGAAGCGACGAGGGAGUGCAUCAUCGCACAACACGCCCACAAGAGCCUAUCCUGGCACUUCAACCCGCCGGGCGCCCCGCAUAUGGGUGGAUUAUGGGAAGCCGGCGUAAAGAGUUUUAAGGCACUCUUUUACAAGGCGACAUCCACCUCGAAAUAUACGUUCGAAGAGUUGUCCACUCUUCUCGCAAAAUCGAAGCCUGUCUGA